CGGCGACCUGGCGCGCGGGGACUGACGGGAGCCACGUCUUUGCUGGCCGAGGACUGUGCCGCGGUUGGCGUCUGGGCGGCGAUCCGGGGGCUGCUGGGAAGAUGGCGGACUCGGUGGCCCCCCGAUGAGGAGGCCGCGGGGGGAGCUCGGCCCCCGGGCCCCGAGACCGACUGAGGGAGCGAUCUGCGCGGGGCCUGGGGAGCCAUGGUCUCCAUCACCCAACUCCAUGCUUCGAGUCCUGCUCUCUGCCCAGGCCUCCAGUGCUCGGCUGUCUGGCCUGCUGCUGCUCUCACCAGUACAGCCCUACUGUCUGGGGCCCAGCAAAUGGGGAGACCGGCCUCCUGGAGGAGCCCCCCAUGCAGGCCCUGUGCAGGGGUUGCAGCGGCUUCUGGAACAGGCGAGGAGCCCUGGGGAGCUGCUGCGCUGGCUGGGCCAGAACCCCACCAAGGUGCGCGCCCACCACUACCCUGUGGCACUCCGUCGCCUGGGCCAGCUCUUGGGGUCUCAGCCACGACCCCCUCCUGUGGAGCAGGCCACACUGCAGGACUUGAGUCAGCUCAUCAUCCGAAACUGCCCCUCCUUUGACAUUCACACCAUCCACGUGUGUCUGCACCUUGCAGUCUUACUUGGCUUCCCAUCAGAUGGGCCCCUGGUGUGUGCCCUGGAGCAGGAGCAAAGGUUCCGCCUCCCUCCGAAGCCGCCUCGCCCUCUGCAGCCUGUCCUUCGUGGCGGGCUAAGGUUGGAAGCUGCUCUGAGCUGCCCCCGUGUCCAGCGGCAUCCGCAGCAGCACCUGAUCCGCAGCCUGGCAGAGGCCAGGCCGGAGGAUCUGACGCCCCACGUGAUGGUGCUCCUGGCCCAGCACUUGGCCCGCCACCGGUUGCGGGAGCCCCAGCUUCUGGAAGCCAUUGCCCACUUCCUGGUGGCGCAGGAAGCCCAGCUCAACAGCAAGGUGGUACAGAAGCUGGUCCUGCCCUUUGGGCGACUGAACUACCUGCCUCUGGAACAGCAGUUUAUGCCCUGCCUUGAGAGGAUCCUGGCUCGGGAAGCAGGGGUGGCCCCCCUGGCAACUGUCAACAUCUUGAUGUCACUGUGCCAGCUGCGGUGCCUGCCCUUCCGAGCCCUGCACUUUGUUUUUUCCCCAGGUUUCAUCAGCCACAUCAGUGGCACCCCUCACGCCCUGAUUGUGCGGCGCUACCUCUCCCUGCUAGACACGGCCGUGGAGCUGGAGCUCCCAGGAUAUCGGGGUCCCCGCCUUCCCCGAAGGCAACAAGUGCCCAUCUUCCCCCAGCCACUCAUCACCGACCGUGCCCGUUGCAAGUACAGUCACAAGGAUAUAGUAGCCGAGGGGCUGCGCCAGCUGCUGGGGGAGGAGAAGUAUCGGCAGGACCUGACCGUGCCUCCAGGCUACUGCACAGACUUCCUGCUCUGUGUCAGCAGCUCUGGUGCUGUGCUCCCCGUGAGAACCCAGGACCCCUUCCUACCGUAUCCUCCCCGGUCCUGUCCCUACACAACCCGCGACCCUGCCCAAAGGGUGGUACUGAUGCUGCGGGAACGCUGGCAUUUCUGCCGGGAUGGCAGAGUGCUGCUGGGCUCACGGGCCCUGCGGGAGCGGCAUCUGGGCCUGAUGGGCUACCAGCUCCUGCCGCUACCCUUCGAGGAACUGGAGUCACAGAGAGGCCUGCCCCAGCUCAAGAGCUACCUGAGGCAGAAGCUCCAGGCCCUGGGCCUCCGCUGGGGGCCUGAAGGGGGGUGAGGGCGUGCACACGGGUUCAGGAUGGCACCCCCCCCAUUGGGGGGUGGACAGUUUGCACUUUGGCUCCUUCUGCUUUGAUUUGUCAUUAAAGUCCCUUUCCUUCCCCGUU